GUAAUCCGCAAUACGGGAGGAUCAAUACACUGCAUAUCGAUAUAACGUUAUUCCGAUACAGUGUGUGGAAGCACCCUUGAACCGGAUCUAGAUGCAUCGAGGGCAAUUUAUUAGCGAACUUGUCUACUGAUGCUGUGAAAAUAACAACCCCGUGCAUGUUUCACCGGGUCUUGAUCAGUUUUUCAGCAGUUUGACAUGGGGAAUAACCCAGCAUCUAAACAAGGGGACAAACCUGAAAGUUACGUGAGGGAUUUUCUAUCAGAAGCAAGAGAGAGCUUUUUACAGAAAUGGGAUUGCGAUAAACAUAACACAGCUGCCCUCGAUGACUUCGAUAGAAUACGAACCCUUGGGACCGGUUCAUUCGGUCGGGUAAUGUUAGUCAAGCAUAGAGUUACGGCAAAAUAUUUGGCAAUGAAAAUUCUAGACAAACAGAAGGUUGUAAAAUUGAAGCAAGUUGAACACACGCUAAAUGAGAAGAAGAUUCUACAAGCCAUCUCCUUUCCAUUCAUUGUCAGCUUAUCAUACCAUUUCAAGGAUAACUCCAAUCUGUAUAUGGUCUUGGAUUUUAUUCCGGGCGGUGAAAUGUUCUCUCACUUACGGAGAAUUGGCAGAUUCAGUGAACCACACUCGAGAUUCUAUGCAUCCCAGAUUGUCCUUGCCUUUGAGUACCUCCACGCCUUGGACCUUAUAUACAGAGAUUUGAAACCAGAGAACAUCCUAAUCCAAGAGACUGGUUACAUUGCAGUCACAGAUUUUGGUUUUGCCAAGAGAGUGAAGGGUAGGACAUGGACCCUCUGUGGUACGCCGGAAUACCUAGCUCCAGAGAUCAUCCUCAGCAAGGGUUACAACAAGGCAGUAGAUUGGUGGGCGUUGGGUGUUCUCAUCUAUGAAAUGGCUGCAGGGUAUCCACCAUUCUUUGCUGAUCAACCCAUCCAGAUCUAUGAGAAAAUUGUCUCAGGAAAGGUUCGCUUCCCCUCUCACUUUAGUUCGGACCUCAAGGACAUCCUCCGCAGCUUGCUACAAGUAGACUUGACAAAGCGCUUUGGAAACCUCAAGGCCGGUGUAGCUGACAUUAAGACUCAUAAGUGGUUUCAAGCAACGGACUGGAUUACCAUCUACCAACAAAGGGUGGAGGCACCAUUCAUCCCACGGAUCAAAGGACCUGGAGAUGCCUCACAAUUUGACGAAUACGAGGAAGAAACACUCAAGAUCUCACUCACGGAGAAGUGCGUCAAGGAGUUUGCCGACUUCUGAGCCACCCCCUCCUCUCCACGUUGUUGCCUCCGGGCGCGAGUCUCCUUUGUUCCUCAACCAUCAUAAAGAGGGAGAAAACGACCCUGUUCCAUCGUUCUGAUAAACUCUUCUUUUUUGUUUUUCUCUGUGAUUUUAUUAUAGUAUGUACAAAAACAAGAAAGAUACGUAAGAUGAUGGAGAAGAAUAGACACGACGAUUGCCAUGUACAGAAAUUGUUACUCUAUAUAAGAGAUUUAAAAUGCAGAAGAUGAAUUUUAAUAGAUUUAAAAGUAUGAAGAUAUGAAUUUUUGUGAAAUAGCUUUGUUAAGAAACCAUUCUACCUGCCGUUAUUUUAUGUGUGUGCCAAAGGGUGCGUACGGAUGGAGAGGAAGGAUCUAGUUUGAUAGACACACAUGAAAUACUGGGCAUGAUGACUUGCAGACGUUUCAAAGACAAUCUCAGCGUACCUUGAAAGCAACUCUACACACCUCAUGAUGCGCGAGGUACAUUAAGGCGUAUAUCUGAAUAUAUAUAUUUUCUCAUAUUCAAGGUAGUUGAUUGUCCGCGGGCAAACCUGGCACGCCUCUCCUUGUCCCAAGCACAAAUUGAACUCAUAGGUGUUCUCAAUGUAUUUACCAUCUUUUAUUCAGUAUACUUUCCUCUCCCCACCCCCUUCCCUUUCACCUCAUCUUCACGAAGGCUAUCGUAGCAUUACAGAGUAAACAGCCAUUGUGUAUUUCUUUCAAACCAUAUCACAGUGCUACAUUUUUUUCAAGUCAUUUCAAGUCAAAGACUUCAUCUCAUCAAGCCUACCACGAAAUCAAUCCUCACAAACAAAGUCUGGAGUUUGAUUAUAUAGCGAUAAAAGCAACUUAAAGAAAGAAUGCCCCCUUGAUAAACCAAUUGUACCAUGGAUUGCCACAGGCAUACUUCAGUUUAGGUUUGCUGAUUUGGUACUCACCUGUAACUUACCUUAAAGGGGAAAGUAUAAGCGUAAACCCAAUUUAGUAUGUUAUUUGGAGAUUUAGAUGCUUUGGUGGGAUUUUUUUUUAAUUUGUCAUUUCUGUAAUAGUGAAGACCUAUUGAGAGAAUGAAGAUGUCUUGUUUAGCUCUAUUCAAGUCUUGCCCUUUUUCUAUCCCUUAAGUCAUAUAUAUAUAUAUAUACAUGGAUGCAAUAACAAGCUGUAUUUCUGAGGUUGGGCACCUCACUCCAUGGAACUUGCAAUAUAAUGGGAAUAUGUGUGCAAUCACGGGAGUGUUUCAUGAAGCAGGUUGUCGGUGAUUUCCUCUGACAGUUGUCAUAGGCUACUGAAUUCCCUUGCAUGUGAUUGGCGAAGGGCAAAUUUGUGAGUGAAACAUCACUGGCAAGAUGCUUUGUGAAAUGCUCUCCAGGGUCCUCUAGCGCAUUCUUCAUGGUAGUCUUGUAUGAUUCAUCUUUGUAAUCGAUCACACAUCACUGCAGUUGAUUGUAAACCUCAGUACUAUGAGUAUCCAGGAAGUUUUGUUUUAGGGGGCCCAACCUGAUCUUUUUCACACUGUCUAUGAGUAAGUCUACGCAAUGAGAGUUCCAUGGUUGUGGAUGCCUAGCCUCCGUGCACAGAAAUUCAUUCAAAAUGAAGAUGUAUCCACAUAAUAUAUGAUUCUAGAUCCCCCCCCAAAAAAAUAUAUAUAUAUAGAUAUAUGAUAGUUUCAAGAGCCCCUUUUUUGCAAAGAUGUACACCCCAUCUUCUGUCAUUUAAUGUGUGCUCUGUACUUAACCUCAUUUUUCCAAACUUCAGAUGGACACGAUCCCAGCUGAAUAAGUAAAUAAUAAAGUUAGAAGCAUUGGCAAGCCCAAGUUAUAUCAUCCAUAGUACACUAACCACUGGUCAUGUGGACCCUGUUUUACUAAGAGUUGCAAUUGAUCCGAUCCAUCUCAACAAUGGAAAGCCAUUGAUGUCAAAACUCUUCAUCUGGGAGGCCUAUGAACACUGAUUGGCAAUUGUGCAUACAAGCAUUUGUCAUAUUACAGAACUUAAUAUGCAUUCCCGAUUAUAGUGUUGCUUGCUUUCCAUAGUUAAGACUAAUGGGGUUGAUUGCAAGAGUCUGUAAGCUGGUCCAUUUAGGGCUAUUUCAUCAUGUUCAUUAUUCAUACCCACCAUGUGGGAAUCAAGACAAAACAUGAUUUGUUUUCUCUUUUGUCCUCACUAGCUGUACGUGGGGCCUACCUUGGACUUGCUGAAAUAUUCAUUGCGCAUAUGGGCAGUUCCAUAAAAUAUUUAUGUUUAACUCUUUUAUUUGUGAAUUUCCUGAAAUAUGAUACACACAAGGUACCAUGGCUUCAGCAGUUCAUGAAAUGAAGAAAAUACCAGUCAGACUCACAAAAAUGUUGAUAACUUUAUAUGAUGAUUGUAUGAUUUAUGUCGUCGGCUAGCUUGAAGUUAGCAGCAACAAGAGCUACAGAUUGACAUGCUGCAUCACAGAGCUCACAUCUCCUUUUUCCUGUUGUGCAGACAAGCCAGAAUCUGAUGAUUAACAAAUUUGUAAAGCGCUUAGAGUAUAGACAUCAUGCUGACGUAUUCAGCGCUAUAUAAAGACAAGAUAUUAUUAUUAUUCAUGUAAGUACAUUCUGUAUAUCAGUAAAAUAGAGAAACCUCAACAAUGAGCUUGAAAAACUAAAAAACAUCAAUUAUAAGGUUGUUCUUUAGAGGAAUUUAUUUUGAAUGAGCUUGAACUUAAUUAAUUAGGUAACUAAAAAUAUAUCAAUUAUGAGGUGGUUGGUAUCGAUGGUUAUAAAUGUUCACUGGUGAGAACUGUUGGACAGAAGGAUAUUUCAUUCUCUGUACAUUUUUUUUAUGAGAUACAUUUCUGUACUAUAUCCUCUACUGUUUUUUUAUAUUAAUUCUGCCUGGUUGGUGUCAUAAUCUCUUUUUCCUCUUCUGGCACAUAAUUUUGAAUAAAUUACUACCCCACUUUGAGCUCUCAAUAUCAAGAAAGGAAUUUUGGUUUAUGAAAUGCUGGUCAGUAUUUACCGACUCUGAUGACGGGAUGGUUUCAAAUUCUGAGUCACUGUUAUUAUGCAAUACAUGCAUUGUUCUUAUCUUCUCUUUUUAUGAUUGUUCUUAAAGUCAUGUGACUUGACUAUUUAAAAAAAAUUAAUUGUUCAUGUGUUUCUCAUUAAUACGACAAAAAAGGAGGUAUGUUAUCUUUAGCAACCCUCAUUUUUAUGAUAAAGUUUAUUGGGAGCUUUUAUCCAUUCUAUUAACCUACAUGCAGUUGUAUAGACUGGACUAAAUUAUUGGAAUAAUGAUGUUAGGAGAUUAGGAACGGUCAUAAGCUUUUAAUGAAAUCUUUAAAGCAAAUCCUGUUGUACCAUGGGCAUGGUUUGUGAAAGAUUUUUUUUAAUGGAUUCCAACCAGUCAUAACUGAGAUUCACCUCACUUAUCUUCAUUAUUGAAUUAGACCAAUCUCAAAGUUCAAUUUACUUCAAUUUAGUGCAGUUCAAUUGAUGUCAGGGAAGUAACUUUUGAAAUACAAAUCAUAUAAACUGAAGUCCAUAUCAAAAAGUCCAUUUGUUUAGUGGUCUGGCAAGGCCAACUGUGAGUCUAUGAAAACAGGGUCUUUGGAGACUAACAGCCGAAUGAAAAAUUAGGUUUCUAACGCUCACCAAGUAGCUAUCGAAGGAUUGCAGGAAAUGGGGAACCAAAUUUAUUUUUAUAAUGUUCAAGUACAAAGAAGUCAUUCAUUUAUGUCUAAACCGGUGUGCUAGCUGACACAAUGUAGAUUCAGAAAAUCUCUCAACUUCUUUCUUCUUCCUUGCUCCACUAUGAUAACAAAAAAUGUUAUUUUUAAUUGUCAGUAAGUUGUUGUCUUUGUAAGCUGUCUUGUGAUUCAUGUGCAGUGUGUAUGAAACCAAAUCUUCCACUUGAAAAGAAAGAAAAAAAAUUAUAUUUGACAUUGCUAGCCAGAGGUGUUAAUGAGAGAGAUAGAAUACCACAUUAGUUUGAAAUAUACCUACAAAUCUAUUUCUAGAAUUUUUUUGAUCAGUAUAAUAUCAAAUCAAUAUAGCUGUUGACUGUUGCAUUUCUUUUUGAGUUUUAUAAACAGGUUCGUUGACAUGAGGUCCAUUAGUGAGGGAAAGAUCCUUUUGAAAUGUUAUACAAGAAAAAUGGUGGCUUACCCUUUGAUUUUCAGUGAUUUUAGCAGGCAGUUGAAAGAAAUUUUGAAACACUCGCUGUAUUAUAUCUUAAUCUGUUCAUAGUUUGUCAGUUGAUGCCAGGGUAUAGAAGCCUGUUUCUGUCUGUAAGAGAUCAACCCUAAAUUAUGCACACAAUUCUGAUAAUAGGCGAUACACAAUUUUACCAAGUAAAGUCAGUAGAUUUCAGAAAAAUUAUUAUUUUGAUGAAGAGGCAUUACUCCUAAACAUUUGAUAAAUAGAAUAAUGAUAAUGAUGAUAAAAGUACUGAUAGUAGUAAUGAAUAAUAAGAAUGAAUAAGAUUGCUAUUGUCUAAUAGUAAUAUAUGAUUUGCAAAGAAUUAGUUUAAAGAAUGAUCUGUGAGAAAAUCCUCACAAGUGCUUGGUAUUGACUUCUUAAGAUCUUCUAAAGCAUUAAGUGCAUUCACAAAAUAAAGGUUUACAUAGUUAAUUAUUUAUGUAAGGGUAAAUUUCCUCUACUCUGAACUGUAAGUUGGGCAGUUACAUGCAGUUCUAGAGCCUUCUAAGACCUGUAUCCCAAAGCCUAGUGAAUAUUUGUAGGGCUCAUUCUUAUGGCUGAUGGCAUUGAUUAUUAUGUGUAUCAAUUGCACAAAUCAGUCCCUAAGCUUUAUGUAAUGUGGCCCUGUAGCUAUGGCAAAGGAUCCGUCUCCUGUUUUGGGUCAUUUUUUUUUCAUCAGUCGAUGCUCCAUGCUAAGAUUGAAAUUCAGGUACAGUAUUAAUGCAGCGCACCUUCACUCGUUGAAAGUCCUAUUUGUAACACGAAAACCCUCCCUGGUCCUUGUUCAUUCUUAUUACCCUCCCAUCAUAUAGCAUCCAUUAUAAUGGAAAACCAUUCCUGGACCCUGAUACACAAAUCUUAGUGAUUGAUCAUAAUGCUUUGUACAAUCGAUUGCGCAUACUGGUAAUUCAAUGCAAUUGAUUGUAUUCAGCCCUAUAAUCAUUCACCCAGCUUUGUGUGAGUGGGUUCGGGUCAUCUUUGCGAUUACAUUGUGAUUAUCUUGCUGGCAAGACGCAAAUUUGCACUUGUAUUCCAAAUCACCAUCACUAUCUUCCAUUACUUGCUAGGAUUGUAAGAAAAAUAUUUUAUGCUAGAUAAUUUGUUCCUGGUGGUAUGUGUAAUAUUUCUAGUGGUAAGAG